AUGGCACAAGCAGACCGGAGCACACCGUUAGCUGCGGAGCCUUUGCCUGGCUUCAAACGACUGAACCUUUGCAACGCUGUGAAUGAUGCUCUCACUGUUGCUCUCGAUACGAACGACAGAGCCUACGUGUUUGGCGAAGAUGUUUCCUUUGGAGGUGUUUUCCGGUGUACAGUUGGCCUGCUGGAGCGUUUUGGCAAAGAUCGCGUGUUCAACACGCCCCUCUCAGAGCAGGGCAUUGUGGGGUUCGGUAUCGGUCUCGCCGCCAUGGGGCACACGGCAGUGGCGGAAAUUCAAUUUGCGGACUACAUCUUCCCCGCGUUCGACCAGCUGGUCAACGAGGCUGCCAAGUACCGGUACCGUAGCGGGGGUACAUUCAACUGUGGCGGGUUAACCGUACGGGCGCCGUACGGUGCGGUGGGCCACGGGGGUCACUACCACAGCCAGAGCCCGGAGGCGGUCUUCACGCAUGUUCCCGGGCUCAAGGUGGUGAUACCCAGCAGUCCAGCAGAGGCGAAAGGUUUAUUGUUGUCCUCCAUCCGAGCUCCCGACCCCGUUGUGUUUUUUGAACCCAAGAUGAUGUACCGCACCGCUGUGGAGGAUGUGCCCGAGGGCGACUACGAGGUGCCGUUGGGGGUGGCGCGAGUGGUGGUGGAGGGCGGGGACGUGACCCUGGUGGGCUGGGGACAACAGGUGUUGGUUCUGGAGCAAGCCGCUGCGCAGUUGCGGAAGGCGGACGACAUCAGCUGCGAAGUGAUCGACCUGAGGACGCUGGCCCCCUGGGAUUUUGAGACGGUUUGCGCCUCCGUGAGCAAGACUGGGCGGCUGGUGGUGGCCCACGAGGCGCCGCUGACCGGCGGUUUCGGAGCCGAGGUGGCGGCGACGGUGGCGGAAAGGUGUUUCACCGUGUUGGAGUCCCCUCCGGUCCGGUGUUGCGGAGUGGACACCCCCUUCCCCCUGAUCAUGGAGCCGGUCUACCUGCCCGGGGUGGCACGGGUUAUGGACGCAGUGAGGGGUGUGGUCCAUUUCUGA